GCUGGGCACGCACCCUCCGUCCAGCUUGUCCACUCCCAGGAACCGACCAUGCUUCUGUGGCUGAGUGUGCUGCUCUGCAGUGGAGCCUGCUGGGCUGGCGAGUUGCUGGGCGCCGGAGGGGGCUGGUACUUCAACAGCCCCCCGGACAACACGAACGACAUUACCGCCAUCGAGGCGUCUUUCGGCGACGCGGGCCUGAUGAAGAGCAUCAGGCUCCGGUUCGGAAGCGCCUGGGGCCCCAAGUACGGCGUGGAAGGAGGGAGGACCCAGACGUUCGUGCUGCAGCCCGGGGAGCACGUCACCUCCGUGUACGGCAGCGGCAAGGCCUUCAUCCGCUACCUGGUCUUCUACACUGACCAGGGCCGCUGGUUCCCCUUCGGGAAGGAGGAGGGCAACACCUUCACAGCCCAAGGUGACCUGAGCGGGAAGGUGCUCACGGGGGUCUUCGGCCAGCACCGGCUCCUGGGCAUCACCGGCAUUGGCUUCCAGUGGGAUUACCCUCUGGUGCAGCCCGCGGCCGACGACAACAACAACAACAACAACGACAACAACAACAACAACGACGAUGGCGACCAAGAGCCCAGCACCACAGGAGAAUGAGGGCUAGCAGGGAACUAUUUAGGACGGCGAGGGGGCCCAGCACCAUGGUCCCCUGAGCAGUCAGGAGGAAGCCCUGAGCACUGCCGGCUUCGACCCCAAAACGAAACAAACAGAAUGUCCAGGAGCCCCUCCGGGCGCCAAUAAACAAACCCUGCACA